AUGAGCCAGCAAUCGCAACAAGCAGCAUUGGUUUUGCUGAAUCAAAUAGUAACAUCGCCGUCUCCAAAUCCAGACGCGUUGAUUUCCCUACUGCAAAAUCAACCAGAACUCAUCCCUGGACUGGCUGCCGUCUUGGCUAGAAUCCCUCUAGUUCCGACAUCAAGACAAGUUCGAAUGUGUUUUCUCAAGAUUGUAGACGACCUUAUUACCGUCCAUCAGGGCGAUCUAUUUGCAAGAGCUGACAUCAUGACCGUUCCCUUGACUCUGUGGAUGCAAACUCUAUUGGCCAUGAUUGAAAGAGAGGUGGAUCCUCCUGUUGUAAAUCGUGCUAUAUUGUGUCUGACAAACAUUUAUCCCUUCAUCUUCAAACUCACAUGUCAAAAUGUGAAUGCUCCGUGGCCUGAAGUCACUAAAAUGAAGCAACGGCUGAAUGUAUUGUUUGCAGGAGGAAGUGAUGGGACAAAGAUGGCAGUCAUCAAAAUGUUUCAGGUUCUGGUGGUGGUUCAAACUCCUCGCGAUCCUACGGUGACUGAGGGACAGAUUGGCCUGGACUUGGUUCCACAACAGCAUCACCCUCAUCUCAACAUUCAGGCUCUAUACGCAGAAGCUGGAGACUACUUGAACAUGUUGGUCGCUCUCAUAUCACAAUCUUCUUCCGCAUCGAGUGGAAUUAUGUCUGCGGUGGUGAACUGUUUCUUGCCUCUGCUAAGAGCAAGGCCACAGUUCUUGUCUUAUAUUUUAGGAGUGUUCAAAAUCUGGUAUACCGCGCCGCCAUCUGCAUUGACACCAUGGGAAUUACGAAAUGCAGAGAGGUCAAUUCGAAAUGUGCUUAUCGGUAUAUCAAAACUCGCUGCUGUGGCGCCUCACCAAGCAGUUGUACAUGAUGCUAUAAGAACAUUGACUGAACGACAAGAAACCACAAAACCUCGGCCACCAAAACGAGCAGCUCCUAGUUUGAGCUCAUCAACCUCGAAGCGUGCUCGUAUCGAUUCGCCAUCACCUGCCGUAAUACCUCUGGCAGAAGCCAGGCCAUCAGCUUCAACCACACCUGCCGCUAUAGAUGUAAAUACGUUACCAUUAUCCCUGGUUGUUGAUACCAUAUUUCACGUUAUGAGGAAUAUGCUUGAUGAACGGUGGCAGUCGGCGAUCGCGGCUUAUUGUCAGGCAUACAAUCUUCCACUACCACCAAACAUGUCUCGUGGAACUGAAAUGGCAAGAGCUUCAUCAGGUUCAGGACAAACUGUGCCUAUGAAUGUGCCAAUAGUAGCAGCCAAAGAGGAAUCAAGGCCACGAGAGCCGUCACCUCCUCCUAGAGUACCAGAUACGCCGCCACCAAUUGGAGAGCCUCAAGAAAUAUCUGACUUGAUUGUAUCUAGUAUAAUAAUGACCAAAGAAGCAAGAACAAGCGCUAUCAUAGAAGCAUUACAACGUGUCUUGUAUGCAGAACCUGUAUUAGAUCAUGGAGCUUCUCUCUCAGAAGCCUCUGCGGCUGUUGGUGUACAUUACACAAAGAAUCCCAAGCAGACUUUGGGAGCUGCUCGUGAUGCUUGGAUGUUGAUUGGUUCACGAGUCAUGGCUAUUGUCGAUCCAGAGAUUUCUCAAGCUGUUAGAAGUGAAUUAUUGCGGUUUUUUAUGGAAGAUUGUCGCGGCCGAUUUGAUUUCGCCAUUCAAUGGCUGUUUGAAGAGUUUAUGAACGACCACAAACACGCAAAUGACGCUGCAUAUGAACCUCAGUAUUCUAUAUGGCUAGGUCGAGUGUUGACCGAGAUGAAAGCACAUCUCGACGUCAAGGAUCGUACCAUUGCUAAACUGUUAUUGGAUGUACCCAGUGUCGAUGGUGAAGAAGUACGAGAAGCUAUCAAAGGAUACUGUGAGGACUCUGAACGAGUCAAGAUUGGCUUGUCUACCAUAGUAGACUUGAUUCAAGUUAGACCUGCUGUUCGAACUUGGGCUCUUGAGGUUUUAUUAGAGUAUUGCAUAACACAAGAAACCCAAUUAAGGAAGCUCUCUAUCGUAUUGGUGAAGCGAUGGGUCCCCGAUCACCCAUCAUUGGCUCCAAGGAUUGAAGAGUUUGCUCUUCAGACCUUGCGAGUUCUCCUGACUUUACCCAACAAGGAGGACUCACAAGUGAAAAUGGAAGACGUCAAAAUGGAGGAGCAUGAAAUAAAGAAAGAGGAUGAGUGGUCUCGAGCAGAUGUCGUUAGACAUCUUGAAUUAUAUUUCGCCUUAUGUAGUCGAAAACAAGAAUUACUGCAUCAAGUCUUGGUGAUAUACAAGUCUCUUUCACUGCCAAUACGGAAUGUGAUUGACGAAGAGAUUCCUGGCCUGAUCAAAUCUAUGGGUCAAGGCUCUCUAAAGCUCUUAGAAAUGCUAAAAGUCUUUCCUGAUGGCAGUGAUAAUUUGGCUCUCAUAAUAUUACAAACACUGACAAAAGAUGAGAAGCCAACUCCUGCAUUGGUUCAUGUCAUCAAACAUGUACUGAAUAGUGAUCGUGGAGAUGGACGUUGGGCGAUUAGUAUCUUGUCUGGACUUGAUAAGAUGGACGUGCUGAGUUACUUGCCAAAGAUAGUAUCACUCCUAGAUGGUAGUCCUACUCGACAUGCACUAGUAAAGGAAGCCUUUGCACGUCUUGUCGACGUAACAGUCGCAAAAGAAGGACUUUUAGGAGGACCAGUUACAACUCUAGUUGGAGCCGCUCCUGGUGGAAGUUCGGCUGCUGCUUCUGCUGAUAUGGCUGUGUUUGCACCGAAUCCAAAUCCUGUAUUAGCUGCUGUCACUACACCUGCUGUUAAAGGAACUAGUACACAGCUCACGCCUACAGAGCUGCUGAUAACUCUACAUCGUCUUGAAGAUCAAGUUGGGCUGAAACGAACCAUGGAAGCAACGCAAAUAUGCUUUGAAACCGCCAAUGUAUUUAAGCAAGAAGUACUAGCCACCACACUACAGACCCUCGUAGAAUUACCAAAAAUACCCAACCUCAUGAUGCGUACAGCUCUCCAAGCAAUCAAAACACACCGUGGUCUACAAUCCUUUAUGAACUCAAUCCUUGUCCGUCUCAUAUCUCGUAAAGUAUGGACUGAGCCUAAAGUCUGGCAGGGCUUUGUCCUAUGCUGUGCAAGUCUCCAGCCAACAUGCUAUCCAGUCUUGCUCACCAUGGAACCAGACCGAUUACGAGAUUUCUUGACCAUGUGCUCCAAGAAUGAGAGACGGGCUGAUGGGACUAGUAGUAUCAAGACUGGAUUGAAGAGGUAUAUAGCCAGUGUUGGAGAUCGGGAUCGAGCUCGUACUCAGGUGCAGCGAUUAGCUGAGGUGUUGAAUGAGGAGGUUGUUAGUAGUAAUAAUAAUAAUAGUCAGAGCGGGAAUGCGACUCAGGUCGCUGCAGAGACUCCUACAGAUGGUGAUGGGAGGGAAGCGACUACACCUCAAGUUGUGUCGGUAUCAUAG